AUGGGGGACUGGAACUUGUUGGGGAGCAUUUUAGAGGAGGUUCAUAUUCACUCCACCAUCGUGGGUAAAAUCUGGCUGACCAUCCUGUUCAUAUUCCGGAUGUUGGUUCUUGGCGUGGCGGCCGAGGACGUUUGGGUAGACGAGCAAAGCGAGUUCAUCUGCAACACGGACCAGCCAGGAUGCAAGAACGUCUGCUACGACCAGGCAUUCCCGAUAUCGCUCAUUCGCUUCUGGGUACUGCAGAUCAUUUUUGUUUCCUCGCCUUCGCUGGUCUACAUGGGACAUGCUCUGUACCGGCUGAGGGCUUUGGAGAAAGAACGACACAGGAGGAAAAUCCAGCUGAGAGCCGAGCUAGAAGAAACGGAGCCCCUCUUGGAGGAGCACAAGAAGUUGGAGAAGGAACUGAGGAGGCUGGAAGAGCAGAAGAAAAUGAAGAAGGCUCCUCUGAGGGGCUCCUUGCUGCGCACAUAUAUUAUUCAUAUCCUUACCAGAUCAGUGGUGGAAGUGGCGUUCAUUGUGGGGCAGUAUAUCUUAUAUGGCAUAGGACUGGAUCCUUUGUACAAGUGCGAGAGGGUGCCUUGCCCGAACAGCGUGGACUGUUACGUCUCCAGGCCGACAGAGAAGACCAUCUUCAUGGUUUUCAUGAUUGUCAUUGCAGGGGUUUCGUUGUUCCUCAACCUCAUGGAAAUAUCCCACCUGGGGGUGAGAAAAAUUAAGCAGACUUUAAGGGGACUCAAGUUUGUCGAGGACGACAGUCUUUGCAAACCCAAGCAUUCGACCAUUCAGCAACUGUGUGUGAUGUCGGACUUGUCGCCCCACAAAAACCCGCAGUUGAAAACUUUUAUCCCGCCGGGGCAAACGGACCCACCGCUGUUCUUUACCAGCGCUUGCGUCGGCUCGAGCAACGACAUGUUGCGGCAUAACAGUUUUGCCGCGGCCACCCUCCCAGUGUCCUGCAUAACCCAGCAGCCCCGCCAAAUGCGCCAGCCUAGCCAGGGAAUGAUCCAUGAACUGCACUCCCAGGCGUCCAUGGAGCUGCUAGAGGACCGGGAAAACCGAGACCAGCAUCUAGAGAGCAGUAACGGCUCAGAGAGGGACGUUAGGCCUUUUAACUCGGGUCAUCCGGGUUCUGAGAGUCAUACCGAAAUACCAGCCUGCCUUCGCAACGCUCUGCACAGGCCCAGCCGAUUGCCGGACCUGGGAAACGAUACUUUGGAGUCCUCCGAGAGCGACUUUUGUCAACCAAACAGAAAAGCCAGUUUCAUGGCCCGUAUGCCCUCAGACAGCAUGUCCGGCAGUCCGUCCUGUCCCUCCACUAGGAGUUCUGAGUCCGAGCUGGGCUCCCUCAACGACCUGCCCAUGAACCCACCACCAGGGGGGGGACGACGGAUGUCCAUGGCAAGUAGACACAAAUGACACACAACCACUCAGAUGGU